AUGUAUCCUGAUGAUAUACCUGAAGAAGAGGCUCCAACAGAUAUUCCUUCAAUGUUAUCAUUAUUUUGUGGUGUGAUGGGUUUAAUGUUAAAGAUGAAAUAUAUUUCAUGGUUGGGAGCCUUGUUCUGCGUGAGUGGAUUGUGUAAUUUGAAAUAUUCUGAAAUGGAUUUCAAACAAACUGUUACAACUAUCAUGUUUUCAGUUAUGGGAUUGUUGAUGAAUUAUUUCGGACCUGCUGCUCAACAACAACAAUAA